UGCUAAGUGACUUGCCAGUUUUGAUUGAUAUAUAUAUACAAUAUCUUUGUACUAGCUAUUGUGGUUCGUUUCUCUCUUGGAGUCAUUCUGUUUGUUACAAGUGUUGCUGCUAGCAACCAGCAGCCACGCAACGCCGCGCGAGCUAAACGUAAAAUAUAAGCGCCGCUAAAAUGGAGUCUGUUGUGGUGGUGGCAGAUGGCGUGUCUGCCCCUCUCCCAGGCAGAUGUGCCUAUUUCGUGGAGAAAAAGAAAAGAUACUGUAAAAUGGUUGUUGGAGCUGGUAAAGCAUAUUGUGGUGAACAUGCCAAUGCCGAUCAAGAAAGCGACAGACAGCGAAUACCAUGCCCGCUGGACCCCAAACACACAGUCUAUGCCGACAUUUUGGCAAAGCACUUGAAGAAGUGCAACUCAAAGGAGAAACCCAAACCUGUUUAUUAUGUUAAAGACAUUAACGCUGGUCCAGUCUGCGACAAAGAAACUGUUUCAGAUGAGACGCCACUGUCUGCUCGCUCUAAACAAGAGAUGGAGCAUCUUAUUCAGAAGCUUAAAUAUGCUGUGAAAGGACUCAGUGGGACACACAAGGACAGCAUGCUGUCCCAUCCUGUUCUUCAUGAGCCUCUGCAUGACCCAAAUAAUGGAGACUCAGCCUGCAAACACCUGAAGCAGCAGGCUUCUAUUCUGGGAAACAUGGAGGCUUUGCACCUGCUUGGAUCACACCGAUGCGUGGUUGAGUUUGGAGCUGGGAAAGGGAAGCUUUCGCACUGGAUACACUCGGCCCUGGAGACCGCAGAAGACGUCCACUUCCUUCUGGUGGAGAGAUCCACCACUCGCUUUAAGGUAGAUGGCAAAAACAGAAGCAAAGACUCCACUUUUGAAAGGCUGCAGGUGGACAUUCAGCACCUUGACUUGAGUAAAGUCUCCCUCCUUCAGGAGCAGCGCCUCCCUGUGGUGGGUGUGGGGAAACACUUGUGUGGGGCCGCAACAGACCUGGCUCUGCGGUGUCUGCUCGAGAGAGCUGAGCCGGUUGGCCAUGGCGACCAGCUGCCCAGUAAGCGUGUGAAAGCGGACACCCUGGAAGUGUGCGGGGUGGCCGUCGCCCUGUGCUGCCACCACCGCUGCGACUGGAGGCACUACGUGGGGAGAGAGUUCUUCCAGGAGCGCGGCCUGGGCGCUGCCGAGUUCGGAGCCUUCCAGCGCAUGUCCAGCUGGGCCACCUGUGGCAUGAGCAAAGCCGCCGGGCACAGAGACGCUGCCGCAGCGGGCACCACGGGCACCACAGGCCGCGACGCAGCAGACGAGGAGGACGAGCACGAGGACGUGGGGGAUGCCGUACCAGAGGGUCUGGACAGCAGUGUGGGUGUGGAGGAACGGGAGCACAUUGGGCGUCUGUGUAAGCUGCUGAUAGACCAGGGCAGGGUGCACUACCUCAGACAGAGGGGCCUGGAUGCUGACCUGUGCUUCUACACCAGCCCUGACAUCUCCCUGGAGAACGUGCUGCUCACCGCCGUGCCCCACACGGGGGUGCCACAGUCACUAUAGCAACCAUUCAACCAGAGGAUGAGGGACCAGGCUUACAUCAUCAUCAGGGGAAAGCGUUUCCUCAGACUGUUGUUUUUAUUAUGCCAUUGGAGAAAGUGGAGUGCCAAAGCUGAUCCGUCAGCAGCAGAGGAGGCAGCAGCAGGACUGUGCUACGAGUCGACUGAGUUUAAUCCUUGUUUUGUUUUGUUCAGUUCAUUCGGAAGUUUUUGAGGGAAUGAAGUUAUCCGAAAAGAGUCGUCACUGGCGUGACCUAACAGACAGCUCUGGGCAACCCUCAGCUGACAACACACACACAAACAACAAUACACACUCUUCAGUACACACAAACAACAAUACACACUCUUCAAUACACACAAACAUUGCUGGCAUCAAGUGUCAUCCAAUGUGAGCAUAAAAGGGAACCCAGUUUGAAGGACAGGACGAAAACAUAGCCGCCUCACAGGAAGCAGGAAGGACAGGACGAGAACAUGGCUGCCUCACAGACAACAGGAAGGACAGGACGAGAACACAACCGCCUGACAGGAAGUGCAGAGGCCAACAUGGAGGACAGUCAGGAUAGCGGCGGCGUCUCACACACCUCCUCCAGCUCCACGUUCAGUACUGACAUAAACUUGGCCUGGGAUUCUGCAACACACACACACAUAUGAUAUGAUAGUACAACAUUCAUACAUGAACACAUAAGACUGAGGACAACCACUGAGAGGUGUUUUUCACAGGGAUUAAUACAGUUAAUCUGGCCAGUUUCCCACUGUUUUGUUUUGUUCAGUUCAUUUCCGUACACAGUACACAGUACAUGUUUCGUGCAGCAAGACCUCUCUUGCGCGACUCGUUGAUGUAGAAGUGCAUGAACUCUCGUCCGAACAUCUCCCUGUCGUCCUCUUCCUCAGGAACGUCCGCCUUCGCUUCCGGCAGGGACACGUCCCACGACAGAGGGUUGUCUCGGAAGUUCACAAACCUGUCCACAGGAGUUUUUCAUUUUUAGGAUUUUUAAUUUUAACAAUCAUUAAGACUUUUUUAAAGUUAAAACAUUAAACUAUACAUGCUGUCUC